UCAACCCAAGUCUUUCUUGCUACUUGGACUUACGCCACGCUGUUCCUCCUGUACAACCCCGCCUCCACCAAGCUCCCGCAACAUUGUCCAUAAUGGCUGAGGUCGGCUUCGCAAAGACCUUCCUGUCGUCGCUCGACCCGCGACCCGUAAAGCUCUCUGCGAAUCAUGUGGAAGACCCCAAGUCCUUCCCCGCUCGGCCACCGUAUAUCCUCCCCCGGAUGCCAAAGCCCAUGAGCAAGCCCUCGAAGCUCGCCCCCGGCCAAGAACGAAGUGUCACGGUGACCCUCAAGUCCCUACGUAACCCGCCCCUCGACAUCAAGCUCACUUCCCAACCCCUCGACACAUCCGUCCUGGACAUCAAGUCCAAGGUGUUGGCCCAGACGAGAAUCCCUGUCGCAAAGAUGAAGCUGCUGCACAACAAGAAGCCGGUACCGGACAGCAAAGUCCUCAAGGAUCUAUUGGGGGACACAGACAUGGCCAUCGACUUUUCGGUCAUGGUGAUUGGGGGAGCGGCGGCCAUCCCGCCAGAGGAGUCUGAGGCGGCACCGACAGCCCCGGCUACUGGACCGGCGGCGUUGGAGACGGAAGAGUUCUGGUCCGAUCUCAAGGGCUUCUUGAUGCAGCGAUUGAAGGACCAGGCGCAGGCGGAGGAGCUGUCGACCCUCUUCAAGUCAAGUUGGCAAUCAAGCCAGGCAAGCCCAUAAUGAUAAACGCAAGCAUCACGAUGAAGAAUACAAUAGACGACACAGG